AUGUCGUCGCAAAAGGCUUGGGCCAUUGUUGCCGGUGUCGGGCCUGGCACAGGUGCGAGCGUUGCACGUCGCUUUGCAAAGGAGUAUUCGGUUGCCCUCCUUGCACGAAAUCCAUCCAAUUACGAACCACUCGUGAAAGAGAUCGAAUCCGCAGGCGGCAAGGCUGUCGGCAUCAGUACCGAUUGUGCUGAUGGCAAGAGCGUGAAGAAUGCAUUUGAUCAACUGAAGAAAGAGAUGGGUGGCGCUCCCUUGGCUGCCGCAAUUUACAAUGUUGGCGGACGGUUCAUUCGAAAGCCUUUCCUUGAACUGAAUGAGGAAGAGUUUGAGAGUGGUUGGGAAGCCAACGGACGAGGAGGUUUCCAUUUUUCACAAGCAGUCUUGCCCUUGCUCCUCGAGGCGCUCAAAGGCUCUCUUGAACACCCACCUACCUUGAUUUUCACAUCAGCAACUGCUGCCAUGAAAGGCUCUGCAAACUGCUCCUCCUUCGCAACCGGCAAAUUCGCCAUGAGGGCUUUGGCGCAGUCAUUGGCAAGAGAGUUUGGACCGAAAGGCAUUCAUGUCUCCCACGCCAUCAUUGAUGGAGUGAUUGAUAUCGAGAGGACGAAACACUACCAAUUUGAUCAUCCUGAUGCAAAGAUCAAGCCCGAAGCGAUUGCCGAUUCGUAUUGGUACUUACAUACACAGCCCCGGACAUGCUUCACGAACGAACUCGAUAUCCGGCCAUAUAUCGAAAAGUGGUGA